AAUUUCUGAAUUCAAAUUCACGGAUCGUCAUGGCGGCUUACAACCGGAGCAACUCUCCUUUUGGUGAUCGUGAACAAGCUCGAGAAAGCGCAAGUGACGCAUUCGUGCCUAACCCGAUCUGUCGACUCGAACUUCAAAAAGAAGAGCGGAUUCAGAGUCCUUGCGAGUCGGAAAUGACUGGAAACAGCUCCGUCGUCCGUCAGGAUCUUAUUCGGUUAUCUGAACCAAUCAGAGUGUCUCUAUCAGAGGCGCAGUAUAAUCCACCAGAGGGUGCAAAUGUCUCCAUUAAGUCUGUGCUUGAAUCCCUAUUACCAAAUAAGGUCACGUCAUCCAAUCUUGAAACCACGGAAGAAGAGAUCAGAAGGGAGAUUAGAGAUUUCUGUUUGUGCUGCGCUGCAUUGACUUCAGCUCAAGUUGAAAGUGGGGAUUUACUAUCAUGGAUUCCCAGACAACUCUCGGCCGCCGCGAAGGCUACUGUAGAGCAACUUUCGAGGGAUUACUUCCGCGAUUUAGAUGAAAACAAGUUGGGAAGAAUAAGGGAGAUAGGCGUAGAUUUUGCUUCAGUUCCGGAUGAGCGGAAAUUGGUGGUGGAAUUAAUGCCUGAAGUGAUCCCUUUGCUGAAGGGAACUAUCAAAGAAAGUUCUAUCGAUGCUACGGACGACGGCGAUGAGAUAUAUGCUGCUUCUGCUAGAACUCCGGUUGCAUAUGCUAUCAUUGCUGCUUAUCAGUUUAGAUGGUUUGUUACUCAGGUUUGUGGCGGCUUAGAUGAUUCGUUGGGAUAUAGUUGGAAGGUAUAUUGGUUUUCCGUUGUGCUAUGCUGUUCUUUCUUUGUCUUUCAGGUUGAUUACCCUCAUUUGGGGAAGUUAUGUGCUUUGGUAAUUCCUUGUGCUUUGACUGCUCUCGAUCAUUGGUCGCCGGAAGUUAAGGGGCAAGGAAUGAUUAGCAUUAUACAUCUAGUGAAGAAUGUGAAUGCUGCUGAACUGGGUGUGUACGAAGAUGUGAUCCUUGAUCUAUGCUGUCGAAAUAUUGCUUUCGGUGAUGAGAUAUGGCACCUUGUAGUUGAGAUGUCUGUACUUUUAGUGACUCGUACCCAGCGGAGGAACCCUCGCAGCCCAUGGUUUGAGAGGAUGCUAAAUGAGAUGUUAAGUCACUUGGAGCGCCAACCAAGGAAUAAGGAACGUUCUACUGCAUGGCUUCAACUCAUUGAGCCAGUUCUUGAUGACAUGGGACUUGUUUUAUUAGCUCACUUCAGGCGCAUUUUUCCACUUCUUUUUCAGUGGAUGCAUUCUGAUGAUGAUGAACUUGUUUUGUUGGUUCUUCAACGGAUCUAUACAAUUAUAAAAUUGACAUGGAUCAGGAACACACCAUAUGUAGAAAGAUUGGUAGAUGAGCUCACUGUAACAUACAAGGAAGCUGCUUUGAGAAGGGGUCGUGAAGUAAUCAGAACACAUAUUGUCCAGAUACUAAUUUUACUCCAGCAAUGCAAGGGCCUACAGUUUGAAGAAGCUUGGAAGAAACAUAGGGAUGAUCCAAACUUGACCUCUCUGACCGCAUUCUUAGGCUUAGGCAUAACAGAUCCAGCUGCUGUUAAAAAGUGCGCAUCUAUAUCACAAUAAGAUAAGUACUUGUCUCCCUGACCCUGUGGACAAACAAAAUUUCAGCAAUUUGUUAAGUGGACUUUGGGGAUAACCCAGCCUGGCAUAAGGUUACACUUACACAUGCACGCACAGGGAGACAUCGUACCUAAAGGCCCUUCGUCAGGUUGUCAUAUCCGUGUGAUAGUGGACAUGGUUGGUUGAAUGUGGCAAUCAGUUCGCUGGGAUAUACUUGUUACUGGCUAUCUCUUUGUUACAAUACAGCAGAUACCACCGGAUUGCAGAUUCCAUCCAGCACAGUAAACACUGCAGUUUUUCCACCGUCGGUGGAAUCGUCCUUCCCCCAGUAAUUCGCCUCACCUUAAAACGUGAACAUUUUCAGAGGAACUACACAUGCGGCAUGCCAAAGACCCACCUCACCUCAUAAGAUAUUGUUGAUGUGUAGCGUCAGAUGCAUCCAUAGCUUCACCAACUGGUGCGGUUAGCAGUACUCAGUUGAGGAUUUGAAUACUGGCGAUCAAUGUAUGUAUAUUGUAACAUUUUGGCAUUAUUUUAUUUAGGCUCUGUUCGUUUUUCGGUAAGUUACUUAUCCGGGUAAAUGCAGUUAUCUGGGUAAGUUUUUUUAUGGGAAACAC